CGAUAUUCGUCUCUCAUCAUCAAAAACCAUCCUCUCUGAUUAUAUAUUCCUUUCUCAGCUCUUGCCUUUUCUUACAGUCAUUCGUUUCAAGCUCUGUAUUGUACACUUUCGGUGCCUAAUUCUUAAUUAGAUCAAAAUGCAACUCUCCAUCGCUACCCUCACUGCCAUCGUGGUCACCUUGGCCAACGCCGCCCCCAUCUCCCCGGCUGACCAGAUCGCUGCCAUCGUCGACGGCAAGCCUCUCCCCCAGCGACCCGCUCACCACGAAAUCAACAAGGAUAACUCCAAGGACGUUGUCGACCUCCUCGGUCACGCCCAGCUCGUCAACGGCGAUGGUAUCAAUGCCCUCGGCGGCAAGGCCAACGGCGGCAUCUCCAAGCGCCAGGAGCUCGAGCGCCUCUACCCUGAGCACUACGGCAGCGUCGAGUCUAGCAAGGAUGACAGUGAGGACAUCCUUGAUGUUCUUGGCCAUGCUAAGAUCCUGAGCGGCAACGCCGUCAACCUCCUUGGUGGCAAAGCUAAUGGUGGUAUCUCGAAGCGUCAGCCUGGUGUUCUGGGUCCCUUGCUCGGCGGUUCGCGCAAGCGCCAGGUGAGCAGCGACAACAGCAAGGACGUCGUCGACGCUCUUGGUCAUGUCCAGCUCGUGGACAGCAAUGGUAUCAACGCUCUGGGGCACUCUGCCAACGGCGGUAUCAGCAAGCGCGGCUACCCCGAGCAUGAGUACAACAAGGACAAUAGCCAGGAUGUCGUUGACCUCCUCGGCCACGUCCAGGCCCUGAACAACAACGGCCUUAACAUUCUCGGUGGCUCUGCUAAUGGUGGCAUCAGCAAGCGCGGCUACCCAGUCGAACAAGAGCACAACGAGCACAACAGUGCCGACAUUCUUGACCUUCUGGGCCACGUCCAAGCCCUGAACAACAACGGUAUCAACGCUCUGGGCCAUUCCGCCAACGGCGGUAUCGGCAAGCGAGGUCAUCCUGACCAGGAGUACAACAAGGACAAUAGCCAGGACGUCGUUGACCUCCUCGGCCACGUCCAAGCCCUGAACAACAACGGUAUCAACGCCCUGGGCCAUUCUGCCAACGGCGGUAUCGGCAAGCGCGGCUACCCUGAGCAGGAGUACAACAAGGACAACAGCAAGGACGUCGUCGACGCUCUUGGUCAUGUCCAAGCCGUGAACAACAACGGUAUCAACGCUCUGGGCCAUUCCGCCAACGGCGGUAUCGGCAAGCGCGGCCAUCCUGAGCAGGAGUACAACAAGGACAAUAGCCAGGACGUCGUUGACCUCCUCGGCCACCUCCAAGCCCUGGACAACAAUGGCCUUAACAUCCUCGGUGGCUCCGCCAACGGCGGCAUUGGCAAGCGUUCCAACAUUGACAACAGCGAGGAUGUCGCUGACGUCCUUGGCCACGCUAAGCUCCUCAACAACGACGGCAUCAAUAUCCUCGGUGGAUCUGCUAACGGCGGUGCCGCACACAAGCCUGAGCCCAAGCCCGUCGUCAUCAAGGAGCAAGAGCAGCACCAGCCCGAGCCGGACCAUGUCUCCAUCGUUGGCCCUUCUUUCGAGGCUGAACAGAUCCAGCAGGUUCAGCAGCAGAACCACCAGUAA